AUGAAACUAAAUAAAGAAUUUCUAGUCGGCAAACUGUGAUUUUUGUGAAAAUAUUAGCUUCAAGAUUCUGAUAUAAAUAGGUUUCCAAUGUAUUCUUCACUUACCCAUUUUAAAAAAUAAAUGAGCGCGUCUCUUCGUAGAAUAAAAUCCAGAGAAAUGGCCAAAUUUAUUUUAUUUUUUUGUAAAACUAGAACAAUGACGUGGCCGAGGCCGUUGAAAUAAUCAAUUACGUGAUCAUUCUUUUAAGAUGAAAAAAUAAUUGACCCGCACAACAUUGUAACAAUUUCAGAUGUUGUCUUCCAGGCCCACCAGGAACAGCUGGAAACCCUGGAAAACCAGGAAAACCUGGACGCCCAGGAUCACCUGGAUUGCCAGGAGUCCCAGGAAAACCUCCAACUGCCCCAUGUGAGCCAACAACUCCUCCACCUUGCAAACCAUGCCUACAAGGACCACCCGGGCCACCAGGACCACCAGGACCAGCUGGAACACCAGGUUUUGGUCACAAGAUUUUUAUUGCGCAAUAA